AGACAAAAAAGACAACUACAGAUCCUUAAAAAAAAGAAGAAGAAAAAUGUCUGAAUCCAGAACCGUCUCCACACAAAAGAAACGGACUCAUGACGAGACAACAAAUGAAACAUUUGAUGAACUUGUUCAAAAAUUAAGAGGGUUUUUUGAUCAAAUUGACGAGAAAAGAAUGAAGAUCAGAGGAGAUCUGCUAAACCUCACAGAGAAAUAUUCCUUGAACCUUCCAGAAGAAAAGAAGAUUUUCAACGACCCCAUUCAUGGUCAUAUUGAGCUGCAUCCUCUGCUGGUGAAGAUCAUUGAUACUCCUCAAUUUCAGAGACUCCGUCAGAUCAAACAACUGGGAACAAAAUAUCUGGUUUUCCCUGGUGCCACUCACACUCGCUUCGAACACUCACUUGGGGUGGCAUAUUUAGCAGGAUGUCUGGUUAAAAGUCUACAAGAGAAACAGCCAGAGCUCAAUAUCACCAAUCGAGACAGCCUGUGUGUCCAAACUGCUGCUCUGUGCCAUGAUUUAGGUCAUGGUCCAUUCUCUCAUUUGUUUGAUGGCAUGUUCAUCCCUAAAGCCCUGCCUGGUUUCAAGUGGGAGCAUGAGGAUGCCUCAAUUCAGAUGUUUGAGCACAUGGUUGAUCAGAAUGGACUGAAAGAAGUGAUGGAAAACUUUGACUUGAAUCCAGAUGAGGAUAUUCCCUUUAUUACGAAAUUAAUUCAGGGAGACAAAACUCUAUAUCAGAACAAAUCUUUCCUGUUUGAGAUUGUGGCAAAUAAACAGAACGGCAUUGAUGUGGACAAAUGGGACUAUUUUGUAAGAGACUGUUACUACCUCGGCAUUCCAAACAGCUUUGACCAUCAGCGUCUGCUGAAGUCUGCACGAGUGUGUGAGGUGGAAAUAGGAGAGAAGAAAGAACAGUCUAUCUGCUUCAGGGACAAGAUGGCAGAUAAUAUUUACAACAUGUUUCACACUCGAUACACUCUGCACCGUCUGGCCCUCCAGCACAAGACCGGCUACAUCAUUGAUGUCAUGAUCACUGAAGCCCUCAUAGAGGCUAAUGACAAGCUGAGACCUGGUGACAAAAUCUCAGCAGCCAUAGAUAAUAUGGCAGACUACACCAAACUCACAGAUGGCAUCUUUGAAAAGAUCCUGAACUUCCCUGUUCCUGACACUGACAAAGAAAACCCCCUGGAACAGGCUCAACGCAUCCUAAAGAACAUUGUCUGCAGAAAACUGCCAAAGUGUGUGGGAGAUGCCCGCCUGAAGCGAAAAUUAACAAAGGAAGAUUUAGAGAAAAGCUGGACAACCAUGUGCAGAGAAAAGCAACUGAAUGCUGAGGACUUUGACAUUUAUGUUGUUGACAUGGGAUUUGGUGCAGUGGGUAAAAUCCCCGUUGAAAAUGUAUUUUUCUAUAACAAGAAUGACCCCAACAAAGCCUUCAAAAUUGAGAAGAUGUCCACUCUCAUACCAGUGAAGUUUCAUGAAUGGCUUGUCAGAGUGUACUACAAAAAAACUGACCAGGAAAUCCAGCAGAGAGCAGAGAACUGUUUUCGUGAGUGGUGCAGAAGCAAUCCAAACACUGACUUUGGAACGGUUUUGAAAAGUGAAAACUCAGAUCACAAGCAAUUGGGAACUCAAGGACGAAUCUGCAACUUGAAGAUUUUCAACGACCCCAUUCAUGGUCAUAUUGAGAUGCAUCCUCUGCUGGUGAAGAUCAUUGAUACACCUCAGUUUCAGAGACUCCAUCAUAUUAAACAACUGGGUGGGAUCUAUUUGGUGUACCCUGGUGCCACUCACACUCGCUUCGAACACUCACUUGGGAUGGCACACCUAGCACGCUGUCUCAUCAAGGUUCUACAAGAGAACCAUGAGGAACUCAUUACAGAGCAAGAGAGCCUGUGUGUCCAAAUUGCUGCUCUGUGCUAUAAUUUAGGUCAUGGUCCAUUCUCUUAUUUGUUUCAGAGGUUCAUCUGUAGAGCCCAAAACAGAACUGAAGAAAAGUCAAAGCAUGAAGAGCUCUCGAUUUUGAUGCUUCAGCACAUGGUAAAUGAUGAGAACAAUGAACUUAUAACAGAGAUGGCAAAAUAUGGAUUGAAUCCAAAAGAACACCUUCCCUUUAUUAACAGCUUAAUUAAGGGGGUUGAUGCUUCAGUGGAUGAGAGACUUCAAGACAAGCCUUUCCUGUCUGAAAUUGUGGCAAAUAAAAAGAACGGCAUUGAUGUGCGCAGAUGGGACUAUUUUGCACGAGACUGUCAUUACCUUGGGAUUUCAAACAGCUUUGACCAUCAACGUCUGCUAAAGUCUGCACAACUGUGUGAGUGUGAAGAUGGCAAAAAGCACAUCUGCUUCAGGGACAAGGUGGCAGAUGAUAUUUACAACAUGUUUCUCACCCGAUACACUCUGUAUCGCCAGGCCUACAAGCACAGGAUCUGCUACAUCAUUGAAGAUAAGAUCACAGAAUCCCUAGAAGAAGCUGAUAAAGAGCUGAAAAUCUCUGAUGCUGUAAACAAGAUGGAAGACUACACCAAACUCACAGAUCACAUCUAUGAGAAGAUCUUGUACUCAACUGAUGAAAACCUGGAAAUGGCCCGAACGAAACUUGAGGACAUUGUCAAGAGACGCCUGCCAAAGUUUGUGGGAGAAGAUAGACUGCAAGAAACUGAAAAUCAAGACAAACAGGCAUUAAAGAAAACACUUCAGGAUAACUGGAUGACAGCAAUAGACAACUGGAAAGAAAUGAACUCAAACUCAUCUCUGAAUGCCGGGGAUUUUGUGGAUCAUGUGGUUUACCUGGAUUAUGGCAUGAAGGGUAAAAACCUCAAUGACAAUGUCUAUGUUUACACCAAGAGGAACCCCAUGAGAGCCAACAAGAUUAACCGGUAUCAGGUAUCCAGUAUACUUCCAGACAAGUUUUAUGAAGUGCGUGUCAGGAUUUACUAUGAAAAAUCUAAUAACCAGGGCGAAGUACAGGUGGUGGAUGAUGCACAGGAAAAGGAGGCACAAGCUAAGAUAGUGGAGGAAGCCAAGAAGUGUUUUCAUCAGUGGAGCAAAGUCAAAUAUGGACUCCCUCCCCUGAUCAUGUUCUAUGAGGAUGAAAACUUUCAGGGCAAGUUUUACAGGUGUGGCAAACACUGUUCAGAUUUGCAUUCCUGCAUGAAAUGCUGUAAUUCCAUUCGUGUGGAGGGUGGUGGGACCUGGGUGCUGUAUGAAAAACCAGACUUCUUGGGCUGCGAGUAUGUUCUGACUCAAGGAAAGUACCCAGCGUGGAAGGGCCCCAAGGACUUUGGUUCCUGCAAGAUCUUCUUUCAUAAGAUCGAGCUCUACAAAACAGAGAAUUUUGAAGGUGAGCCGGAUGUGACCUCAGUGGACUGUCGUUCUUUGCCCGACCAAUUCAGUACAAGUGAGGUCCACUCCUGUAAGGUGCUCAGUGGUGUUUGGAAGCUGUAUAAGGAAACCGACUACAAGGGUGAACAUUACCAACUGGAGGAGGGGGAGUAUCCAAACCAUCAGGAGUGGGGUGCUGAGUGCCCCACUGUCCAGUCUCUCAAAAUAGCACAAAAUUCUGACAAAUAAUAAAUCCAUCAUUUCUCCUAGUUCACUUUUCAGCAAACUCUUAUUAUUUACCCACACUCUUAGUGCAUAGGAGCUUAUUUUGUGUUUUUAUGUGAUAAACCACAUUUUGUUUGAAAAAGCUGUUGUAGAUCACAAUGAAACCCUGAAAGGCAAAACAAGAAAUCUUACGAUAGAGCUGUUGAUGACUAGCAGUAAUGAAAUAAAAAAAUGUGAUACUGUUUACAGGAAAAAGAAUCAAAUCUAAAUUAAAGUACAGUAAUAAACAUCAUCCACUUUACUCUGUAAAUUUGAGGUUCAACUGCAGUAAAUCCAGGAUGGACUUCAAAGACAUUAGUCAUUAAUCUUACAGUUCAUAUGAACACUGACCCUUAACACUUACUUAGUUUAAUCAUUUUAAACCAUGACUUGCACUAUACAUAAGUAAUACUGGCAUUAUAUUCAUGUUAUUUAGUCCAUUUCUCCAUUAACUGUGUUCCUUGCCACAGUCGCCUUUGACAUGCUCACUGGGUUAUAAAUACAAUUAUUAUUUAAUUACUCAUUUUUAAACAGUUCACAAUCGAAUUUAAUCAAACUACACAAUGAUGACUCUAAGACACUGUAAUAUCUAUAGUUUCAUUUUCUGUUAAUGCAUGAUCUUCUGUAAAGUUGCUUUGAAACGAGUUGUGAAAGGCGCUAUACAAAAAAAAAAAAAAAGACUUGGCUUAAAUGCAGUUUGCCAUGGCUUUAGUGCAGUCUGAUAUUAUUCUUUUAGAUUUGACUUAAUAUUGUAGAUUUUAAUUCAGAUUUUUGCUAGUUGGGUAAAACAAGUGAUUUACAUUAUUGUAAGAGGUUUCUUUUGUUGUUUUUCAUUAUAAUUAUACAGUAUAUUUCACAAAAGUUGGUGUUGGAUGUUGGAAAUAGCUAAUUCUCAGUUAAAUGUUUCUAUAAAGGUUGAUUAUCUGUACUCGAUGAUGAAGGGUUAUGUUAGGCUAUAAAGGGUUUGUUUUUGAUUGAUAAAUAAGAAUUAUUAUACAAUGGUUUUCUUUAUACAUAAUAUAUUCAGCAUAUAUUUGGUGAAAAGUAAAUUAGAGAUUGGUUUACAGUUACUUGGAGUAAUGUUUCUACAUUAUAAUCGUUUAACCUUUCUGGGAAUACAGGAAUUCAGUUAUAUAUAUUGCCUGGGAUUUCUGGGGGGAAAUAGGAGUGAUUUAUGAAAAAAAUAUUUUUUUUUUUUUUUUUUUUGCUUUUCAAUGUAUCCAUAAACAGACGCAUUCGUAAAAUUGUUGCAGCAUGUCUACAUUAAUACACUUCAUCUCUUUUUAAAAAUAAAGUGCUUCUUUCACCUGUAUCUUUGUUAGUUCUUCACAUUUGGCACUUAAAUGAACCAUAAAUUCCACAUACAAAUCCAUUUAAUCCAGUUAUAUUUGUGACUGAAUUUUGAAGGGUCUAAAGCAUUCUCCAUGUCUUUUACACAGAGUUGUCAAGUAUAAGUGAAAUUAAAAACUAUAUUGAUUUCAUGUGAACAUAAAACAUCACUUUGCCUCUCUGAA